AUGACAACCACAAGAACGUUGCAAUACGCACAGGUUGCUUGUGCUUGUAUCUGGUGUCUUUUCUCCGCAGGAAUCGUAUUUGGAUUUGCUGCUUUGAAGCCUAUAUUAAUUUCAGAAGGUGUGUACCAUGAAUUGUGCGUUCCGGAGGAUGGUGAUGGAUUGCUAUGUACCGCUCAAGAUCUAAAAUUGAACUUUAUAUUUGCCCUUAGCGCCACUGUGACAAACAUCAUGGCAUUGCCCGUGGGCAAAAUUCUGGAUGUGUAUGGACCUCGGGUCUGUGGGAUAAUUGGAUCAGGCCUCUUAUUCCUAGCAUGCGGCAAUUUCAUUUCUGCUAGACAUUUGUCGUCAAUUUGGGAUCCAUAUCUUGUGGGUUACACGUUGUUGGCCAUUGCGGGCCCGUUUGUGUUCAUAUCAUGUUUCCAAUUGGCUAAUAGUUUCCCGCAGAGAUCGGGGACCAUAUUAGCCAUGUUGACAGGGUCAUUUGAUUCCUCGUCUGCUUUGUUUUUGAUUUAUAGGCUACUAUAUCAAAAUUGGUAUCCCAACCUACAUGUCUCCAGGUUUUUCACUUUUUAUUUAUUUGUACCGGUCUUUAUUCUCAUCUGCCAAUUCACUAUCAUGCCUCAUUCCUCGUACAAGACUGUGAACCACAUUGCUAAAAUUGCUGUGGAAGGUCUGGAUGAAAACGGAAGACUCAUUGAGGGCGAUACAGGGUCUAAUAUCAUCCCCGAUGAACAGGAGCGUCAAUCGUUGAUUGCGAUGGAGGAGGAGGAAGAAGCAAUGCCUAAUAGGUCACACAGAAGAAAAUCUGUACUUGAGACUUAUGUUGAAGGAAAAUUGCAGAAAAAAUCAGGCGGUAUAUUUGGAGUCUUACAUGGAAAAUCUGCUUCUGAACAGAUAAGAAGCCCCUGGUUUUAUCUAAUGCUUUUAUUUGCCCUUGUGGCCAUGUUGAGAAUAAACUAUUUUAUCGCCACCAUCAGAACUCAGGAAGAAUAUUUAUUGAAUGAUCCGAAGUUAGCAUUGAAGCUAAACUCUAUUUUCGAUACCUUACUUCCACUUGGUGGUGUUGUUUCUAUACCGUUCAUUGGGUUGCUCUUGGACCAUACAGAUACCCUAACCACUCUUACGGUAUUAUUCACUACCUCUAUCGCCAUAGGUAUUUUUGGGUUGAUUCCGAAUUCAUUCACCCUGAACUUGAUAGGAAUAGCACUUUUGGUAGUGUAUAGACCAUUCUAUUACACUGUUGUUUCUGAUUAUUCUUCCAAAGUUUUUGGAUUUGACACAUUUGGUACUGUUUAUGGAUUACUUUCUUGUAUUUGUGGAAUUUUCAACAUGAGUCAGAAUCUAUUGGAUAAAUGGACACAUACGACUUUCAAUAUGAACCCGUUCCCUAUAAAUCUCAUGUUGGUGUUCUUCACUGUUGUUUUCUCUCUAACAAUUACAUUUUACAUCCGGUCUCAAAUCUCGCAUAAAUCUAGGGAUGGAAGAUUGUCUUCAAACUAUCAAACUAUGUAA